AUGCAAAUAUCCGAAAAGGAUCAUCUUGAAUGUCCUACCGUGACCGGAGCUGGAGGGCUGUCGACCGAUGGCGCCAUGACGGCAGGCAAAGCAUUGAAUUGGAAGAUGACGAUUGGCAUGGCCUUAUCGCUUAGUCUCGAACAGGUUGUGGACCGUGAUACUCCUGUCAAGAGCGGUAAUAUGGCUGUUCUGACCGCGUGGCAAAGAACUUCUACAAGACGGGAGAGCCCCAAGUCGCGUGGUCUCAUUCGCUUGGGAUUUUCCCGGCCAAAUUGGCAGCUGCGACCACGACCUCAAGCUUACGAUCUGCCGAAGAUUGCUCUCAGACAUCGCAUUCUGCCAAUACAGACACUUCGCCAAUAUGGCAAAAUACCUACCCACCGCUCCUCGCCACAUCGUAGCAAUCGAAAACAACCAUAUGAUAUUCUCCCGCACUGCAUAAUUAACAAGGAUCAUCGACAGGCCUGCAGACGCAGCUAUUCGGGAGCCUCUCCGCUCUUUGUCUUGACCGUUUUCUGCCUCGGCACCUACGACGGAUCUGGCUCAAAUUCAACAACCAGACCAAUCCUGGCGGAUGGCCCUUCCCUUCGCGUCCUCGCGACACUUUGA